CAGUGAUCCUUUUCCACAAUCAAGACUCUGUUGCCGAGAAGUUUGAAGCGCUCACUGCUGCAGUAAUCAUGGCACCAGCUGGAGAAAAGAAGAACAUUUUGGAGCGCCUGAAUGCGGGAGAGGUUGUUAUCGGGGACGGAGGCUUUGUCUUCGCCCUUGAGAAGAGGGGUUAUGUAAAAGCCGGGCCGUGGACACCCGAAGCUGCUGCCGAGCACCCCGAAGCCGUGCGGCAGCUGCACAGGGAGUUCCUCAGAGCCGGUUCCAAUGUCAUGCAGACAUUCACUUUUUACGCCAGCGAUGACAAACUGGAGAACAGGGGCCACACUCAGCGCUUCACUGGGCGCCAAAUAAACGAAGCAGCUUGUGACCUGGCCAGGGAGGUGGCCAAAGAGGGCGAUGCUCUGGUGGCAGGCGGAGUUUCCCAGACCCCGGCCUACCUCAGCUGCAAGAGUGAGGAGGACGUCAAGGCCAUCUUCAUGAAACAGAUUGAUGUCUUUGUCCAGAAAGAUGUUGACUUCUUGAUCGCAGAGUACUUUGAGCAUGUGGAAGAGGCUGAGUGGGCUGUCCAGGUUUUGAAAUCAACUGGCAAGCCAGUGGCUGCAAGUCUGUGUAUUGGACCCGAAGGAGACCUGAAUGGAGUCAGCCCUGGAGACUGUGCAGUCAGACUUGUCAAAGCUGGUGCUGAUAUUGUGGGCAUUAACUGCCACUUUGACCCUGAGACCUGUGUGAAGACUGUGAAACUGAUGAAGGAGGGUGUGGAGAAGGCUGGGCUGAAGGCUCACUACAUGUGCCAGCCACUGGCCUAUCACACUCCGGACUGCAGCCGCCAGGGAUUCAUUGACCUGCCAGAGUUCCCGUUCGGUCUUGAGCCAAGGAUCUUGACCAGAUGGGAUGUGCAUAAAUAUGCCCGGGAAGCAUAUAAUGCUGGCAUCCGCUUCAUUGGAGGCUGCUGCGGAUUCGAGCCUUAUCACAUCCGUGCCAUAGCUGAGGAGCUGGAAGCUGAGCGGGGUUGCCUUCCUGCUGGGUCUGAGAAGCAUGGUAGCUGGGGUAGUGGCCUGUCAAUGCACACUAAGCCUUGGGUUAGAGCUAGGGCCCGUCGUGACUACUGGGAGAAGCUGAAGCCUGCCUCUGGCCGCCCCCUCUGCCCCUCCAUGUCCACACCUGAUAGCUGGGGCGUCACCAAAGGCCACACUGACCUGAUGCAACAAAAGGAGGCUACUUCCAAGGAGCAGCUGGAGGCUCUGUUUGACAAAGCCAGCCAAGGUCACUGAGCUCCUGUCUGAGGCCUUUGAAGAGGCGAAGCCAAGGGGUGGCGUGAGAAGGCCUACUCACACAUUCCCCUAAGUUUACAUACCAAAAAAGAUCGAAAUGCUGAAGUUCUCUUUUUAGGACCAUUCUUACUGUGCAAGACCAGUAUUGUAUGCUAACCUUUGAAAUUGGCUUUCCAGACUAACCAGCACUGUUUUAUGACUAUCACAGCUGUAAAAAUGUGAAAUUACUGUGACUACAAACAAGUAGCUGUGAACACACCCGAGUGAUGGCUCAGUGCUGUGUGUCGUAAUAAGAAAA